AUGGGUUGCUUCUGCAAAAAAAAGUUCUUCAAAAUUAAAAUUAAUAAAAUCUUAUUUACGAUCUACAAUGUAACAAGAAAGAUUAAGUGGAUAAGCUACUUUAUCUAUUGA